GACUCUACCGGGGCUGCUGUCGCUGCACGCCCCUCCCCGUUGCAUACCUUGCCCACAGCCGAGCAGCUGGGAGGCUAUUUAUAAAGGCGGGUGAGAUCAGCGGCCGGCAGAGGCUAUAAAUGCGCGGGCCGCGGCCGGGCCCCACAGGAGCAGCCGCCCGGGGCGCCGGAGCUGUGGGCCGCGCAGUGGGGAUGAGCGCCAGCAGGGGCGGUGGCGGCGGGGACAGCGGCAGCAGCAGCAGCAGCUCACAGGCCUCCUGCGGGCCCGAGUCCUCAGGCUCCGAACUUGCCCCCGCGCCAGCACCACGGAUGCUGCAGGCGCUGCUGGGCUCCGAUGAUGAGGAGCAGGAGGACCCCAAGGACUACUGCAAGGGCGGCUACUAUCCUGUGAAGAUCGGUGACCUGUUCAAUGGGCGGUACCACGUGGUGCGCAAGCUGGGCUGGGGACACUUCUCCACCGUCUGGCUCUGCUGGGACAUCCAGCGCAAGCGCUUCGUGGCCCUGAAAGUGGUGAAGAGCGCAGGGCAUUACACGGAGACAGCUGUGGAUGAGAUCAAGCUCCUGAAAUGUGUCCGAGACAGUGACCCCAGUGACCCCAAAAGAGAAACCAUUGUCCAGCUCAUCGAUGACUUCAGGAUCUCAGGGGUUAAUGGAGUCCAUGUAUGCAUGGUCCUGGAGGUCCUGGGCCACCAGCUCCUCAAGUGGAUCAUUAAGUCCAACUACCAGGGCCUGCCUGUGCCCUGUGUGAAGAGCAUCGUGAGGCAGGUACUGCACGGCCUGGAUUACCUCCACACCAAGUGCAAGAUCAUCCACACGGACAUCAAGCCCGAGAACAUCCUGCUGUGUGUGGGUGAUGCCUACAUCAGGCGCCUGGCCGCUGAGGCCACGGAGUGGCAGCAGUCAGGGGCACCGCCCCCAUCCCGCUCCACAGUCAGCACUGCUCCCCCAGAGAUCAUGACCGGUAAGCUGUCAAAAAACAAGAGGAAGAAGAUGAGGCGCAAACGGAAACAGCAGAAGCGGCUGCUGGAGGAGCGGCUACGGGACCUGCAGAGGCUGGAGGCCAUGGAAGCAGCGGCCCAGGCAGAGGACUGUGGCUCGAGACUGGAGGGGGGCAGCGGCUCCACCUCUUCUUCUGGCUGCCACCCCGGGGGUGCCCAGGCCGGCCCCUCCCCGGCCUCCUCCUCCCCUGCCCCAGGGGGCAACCGCAGCCUCAGCCCCGGCUCCCAGACCUCAGGCUUCUCGGGCUCCCUCUUCUCUCCCGCCUCGUGCUCCAUCCUCUCAGGCUCCUCCAACCAGCGGGAGACUGGGGGAAUCCUGUCACCCAGCACACCAUUUGGUGCCUCGAACCUCCUGGUGAACCCCCUAGAGCCCCAAAAUGCAGACAAGAUCAAGAUCAAGAUCGCAGAUCUGGGCAACGCCUGUUGGGUGCACAAGCAUUUCACCGAGGACAUCCAGACGCGGCAGUACCGGGCCGUGGAGGUGCUGAUUGGUGCCGAGUAUGGACCCCCAGCCGACAUCUGGAGCACAGCAUGCAUGGCCUUUGAGCUGGCCACCGGUGACUACCUGUUCGAGCCGCACUCCGGAGAAAACUACAGUCGUGAUGAGGACCACAUCGCCCACAUCGUGGAGCUUCUGGGAGACAUCCCCCCAGCCUUUGCCCUCUCAGGCCGUUACUCCCGAGAGUUCUUCAACCGGAGAGGAGAGCUGCGGCACAUCCACAACCUCAAGCAUUGGGGCCUGUAUGAAGUGCUCAUGGAGAAGUACGAGUGGCCCCUGGAGCAGGCCACGCAGUUCAGCGCAUUCCUGCUGCCCAUGAUGGAGUACAUCCCCGAAAAGCGGGCCAGCGCGGCUGACUGCCUCCAGCACCCUUGGCUCCAGCAUCCGUAGGCCCCACUGGCGCUCUGGGCAGCUUGGGGUGGGCCCGGCUGCCCCCACCCCCCACCCCCAGUGCCUUGAGGGAAAGCAGGACAGUUCCUGCCACCCUGCGCGAGCUGCCCUCUCCCUACCCUGGUCAGCAGGGCAGACAGAUGCUGGGGCCAGGCCCACAUUUCAAAAUCUGUUCUGCCCUCAAUCCUUACAGAGGGCACUCUGAAUAAGAAGUGUGC